UGCCGCGGCCGCUGAGCGCGGCGGCCCCGGCCGACCCUCGAGGGGCUCGUGUGGCCGCCCGGAGAGUGAUGGAUCCUUCUGGAAAGAGCUUUUUGAUGGCACAGCUGUGAGUGAAACCAGCACAACAUGUUCAGUGUCGAGGACCUCCUUAUUUCUCAUGGAUACAAGUUGUCAAAAAAUCCCCCUGUUUCAUGUGAGAACAGAUACGAUGGAUACCGGCAGGAAACCACGGGGAACAGAUCUGCUCAGAGAACGCUGAAUGGGUUUGAGGCAGAAUCAAGAGCUGGGGUUUACAGCAAGAAACCUCUGGUGAAAACCAACUCGAGCGGCACUGAAAGCAGCCAUGGGAGCCAAGGGAGGCAAGCAGGUCUUGGUUACCACCAUGACCUUCAGGGUUUGUCCACUUUUCAUACUUCAGAAGGGGGGGUUUAUGACAGGCCUCAAUUAGCACGGUCUUCCCAGCCCAAGACUGAUAAAGAUCUCGCCUACUGGAGAAGACGAGGACAGGACUUCAGUGUGCUUCUGGGCUAUUCCCAGAAAGCCGGUGUGGAAAUGAAAGGCCUGGCUGCAGCCCCGGGGGCACCCCGGCACCCCAAGGAGAGUCAGCUGAAGGUGGGCACAGGUGCAGGGUACAGCAGAAGACGUGGCUUGCAGGAGAGCUGUGAAGUGCCCAGUGACUGCAGAUGGCAAAGUAUGGCAAUGGAAAGCUGGAACCAGCCAAAAAAGGUAGGGAGGCAAAUGUCUGAAGGUGACAGGGAGAAGCUGCUUCAAGAGCUGUAUUCACUGACUCUCGGAGACAACGUACUGAGCACCCACAACAAGGGGAAAUCACAAUCGCUGCCAAGGGUCCUUUCACCCGAGAGCAUGAGGUGCGUGGAAAUGCCCUCCCUGACCAACAGUAACAACUCACUCAGCAUAGCUAAAGCCCCCACCUAUCCCCCAAACAAACAGAGUGUGGAACCAGCCAAGCCCCACGAAACGGGAGGCCAUCUCCUUCCCCUGGUGAAACCCAAGUAUGGGAAACCUCUCAAGCCUCCCUCCUAUGAACUGCAGCGGCAGACCAGGGCACCUGCCCAUACUGUGGGUUUCCAGGACCACUACCAGAAAGAUGAACCCAUCUCCUACUUAGCCAAAGUUAAUGAGCCAAGGCAAGAGGCUUGCAUUCAAGACUCUGGUUUGGAGCCCCCAGUCUAUGUACCUCCUCCUUCUUACAAAUCCCCCCCUCACCAAAAUGUGACCCCGCAUCCUCUCAGUGAAGUGCCUAACACAGACACAUAUGCCAGCAGCAAUCAGCAGGGUCCUGCAGAGCGGGUUGUCCCCUGCCAGCGACCAGCCAUGAAUACUUCUGAAGCAGGUGUUGACCCUUGCAAAGACAACCAUCUUCCUCAUGGGAAGCAAAGCCAUGUAAGGCGCUCUGCUGACUACCUGCGUUCUGUUCAGUAUAUUCCCUUUGAUGAUCCUCGGAUUCGACAUAUUAAAAUUGCACCACCAGAAGGUCUUCAGGACAACACUAAAUACACUGAAAAUGCACGUAGUCCCAGUUCUGGUGCUUUGCAAGAGAGAGAUCUUGAAGUACAGUACAACAGUGCCUUUCUGGAUGCAUCAAACUUGUCCAAUUCUGCAAAGGGCGAAAGAACUUCCAUCAGCUCCACCCAUAGCAACAGAUGGUUGGCACCGUCCAUCCGAGAUCAGGAAAACUGUGCCUUGCUGGACCAAAGAGAUAGUUGUAGCACAACUAAUCACAGCCCCUGUAACGAAGCCAGUGCGGAGCACACAAAAGGCAAACUUUCUGUAAGAAAUUCACAUAUGGACAGCACCUGUGAGACUGUUACAAAAGUGAAAAAGUUUGAACCUGGAACUGGGAUGCAGAGUAAAAAGAGUUCAAAGAAAAAAAUGAAUGAAACUAUAUUUUGUUUGGUAUCUAUCCCAGUUAAAUCAGAAUCCAAUCUGCCAGAUACAGAUAGGAACAACAACAUAACCCAGAGCCCUGGUAAGAAUGGGUUUGAUAACAAUGGGGCUUUGCAAGAACAAAGUCUCUUAAGUAUGUCUUCAACGGACUUGGAGUUACAAGCGCUUACAGGAAGCAUGACCAAUAAAAAUGAGUUACAAAAACAAGAGCUGUGGAGACCAGAAGAGUUCAAACAAAUGAAUGACCUCAGAUUUAUUCAGCCUGCAAAACACAGGGAGCUCAAAUACUCUGGCUCCUGGCCAGGUGAUCAGUACAAAGACCAGCAGACACAGACCAGUUUCUCAGAAGAACCUACAAGCCCGCAAUUUUUCCAUGGUACAAAACCUGAGCAGCCCAAUAAUAACAAACCGAUGUCUCCAAAGCUCCUAGGAUGUACACUAUCCACGAUAGGGUCAAACCAGACAGAGUUACCUUCUGAUGAGAGAAGCUGCAGGCAGAGCACUUAUGGUAUGAAGGGUCAGAUGUACCUCAGCCAGUCGAGUAACAGUGCAUUUUCCAGGACUGCCACCUCAGUCCUUCAGGCCCCCUCCCCAAAAGUGCUCCGGAGGCAGGCCAUGUCUGCCCAGGAGAGGGAAACUGGCCUUCUUUCCAAGGGAGAUAUAAUUAAGGGAGAACCAGGUGCUCCCUGCAACAGUAAAGAGCUGUUUGGUCAGUUCCUGUUGAAGCCUGUAAGCCGCCGUCCCUGGGAUGCAAUAAGUGAGCUAGAAAGUUUUAACAAGGAGCUGCAAGAGCAGGAGGAGAGCACAAGCAGUGAAGAAGAUUUGGAAAGUGCUGCGGCUUCCCCGCAGGCAGGUGCCCUUAGGCAGAGGAGGGCGUCCAGAAAUGAGAAGUUGAAGCAGGAGCCAAAACACAGUGGGAAAUCGGAAAUGGUUGUGCUAGAAGGGCCUGUAUUUAAGUCAGGAAGAGUUAAAAGUAAGUCUGAAAGUUGGAGUGUGGGGACAGAGCAUGGUGGUGAGCCAGGCAGCAUUGGCUCUCAAAGCUCCUUGCAGCCAGGAGGAAGCAGUGAAGGAAUCAGACCAGCAGAUGGAAGUCUGAUAACAAAAAUGAGGAUGGGGGAAGCCAAGAACAUAAAAAGCAAACAGCCAGUUCAUGUGGACCCUCUCCAGAGAGUUUUGUCCAGUAGCUCAAGCAGUUCAUGUCACAGUAAUCCUUUCAAUAACCCUGUCUUGCAGGCUAUGAGUGAAGACCAAAAUUACCUAGACUUUGUUAAGCUGAGCAAAGGUGCAACUCCCACAAAUGAUACAGUAUUAGAGAGAGGCUCGGUAGUAUGCUUGUCACUAACGAAGAGGAACCUUGGGCGCUCAGAGCCAGAUCUGAGGUCAGUGGGACUUGAUGUAGCCCCAGGACCCAGUGCUAACAGUUCAGAUUACUCUUCAAAUGCAAAUGCAGUGGAAAUCCCAGUGAAUGAGUCAUUGCAGGCAAGAGCUGCAAGAAUUUUAGGUAUAGAUAUAGCAGUGGAGUCUCUCCUUCCAGACGACCUCCUUGGGCCCCAUCCAAGCACUAGCCCUGCAAAUGGUGCCCAGGACUUUGGGUCAUCAGUGGGGAGUGCAGUAAGUGACAAAGAAAAAAAAAAAGAGAGUUCUUAUGAAGGCAGACGAAAGUGUGGCUGGACAGAGAGUGCUCUCUUUGUCAGAGUAGGAGGCCGAUCUUUAUACCCUGAUGAAUGCCAGACUGCGCACCAGGAAACCAGCGCUAAACCACAGGUAACAGAGCAAGUUCUUGAACAACCUGUGAGUCCCAGCCAAAGUGAGGACCAAAACUUGGUUUGCAAGGCAACUGUGUAUCAGCAUUCAGAAAAGAGAGUGAGAAGCACUUCCAAAGUGAUAGAGACGCUCCAAGGUAAGCUCACUUCUCCACCUAGCCGGACUGCCAUGGAUCGCUUAGUACGAAUGAAAGAAGUUGACUCUGUGUCCCGGAUGAGACGUCUGAGCAUUAAGAGCGCAGACUCAGGAGAGGAGGUGGAUGAGGAGAAGCUGUCAAGGGUACAAGAGGAAAGAGGAAGCAAACUGGCAAGCUCAGGGGCUGUUUCCAAGCGUGUCAUCUCUCUCAGUGAAAACGGAUAUUUAGGUGGAAUGGACAAGAAGAAGAUAGACAAAGAUUUUUCUUUAGAUACAUAUGACCCCACCAAAGUUGAAAAGGUGUGAGAUGAAUGAAGAGAAUAGAGAGACUUCUGUUCAACUAAGAAUGUUUCACUGAUGUAUUUUCUUUCUUUUCUGGGUGCUCUUUGUUUGUUUUUUUGUUCUUUGAUGCUUGGAAAUUGCCUCCAUUUGUGGUGUUCAUGGUGUACUGAUAAUGCCUUUACCACUGCCACUAGGAAUUAGCUAUUUGUAUCUGAAACUGUUGCAGAGACCACAACAAAAUCUGACUUAUACAUUGGAACCAUCUGGCUUUGUAGCAUUAAAACUUAAUACCAACUGUUGGAAAUGGGUUUAUAUCUGAACUCUAUUUCAGUUUUCAGUGGGGACGAUGAAAUGCAUGAAGUGAGGCUUUUGAGCUUUCUAUUUGGUGUAAAUGUAACCGUGGGAGAUUAGUGAAAUGAUUUUUUAAAGAAUGUGAAUUUAUAAGCUAAACUUCUAAGUAUCUACAGUCUAAACUUUGUUUAACUUAAGGGAUUUUUGGCCAUAAGUAGAAAGUGCUGCUGCAUGAAGUCAGAGAAGGAAUGUGAGAGAAUGAUAGCAAAGGCCAAUUGUGAAAUUAUUUCUAACUUUCCAGAGUCUGAAUUUACUCAGAUUAAAUACUUGCUUGCCACCUAGAGAGAAGAAAAACAAAAACCCUAAAGCUUCUAAAAGAUGGAAGACUUUUGUAGUACAGUGUACAGAAUGUGUAAUUAUAGUAGCUGGCAACUAGUGUUUCAAACCAAUGCAAAGUAUACCACUGGCUGUUUUGCACUCAGUAUUACCUAUUUUUGUUUUGCUGUUUAGAAAUUCUUUAUAUGAAAGAAUAGUAGCUGGUUUAAAAUAGCCCAUUUUAACAAAGUAACUAUAUUUCUUGUUACAGAAUACUAUCUAUUUUUCUACGAUGUAAACAAUUGCUAACAAGUGGCAAGUAUAAAGAAGUAUUAUUAUUAUUGUUAUAUUUUAAGACUUACCCCUCUGAUUGAAGGUGCCCCAAGCAGACUUCACUUGUGUAUCUUAAUGCACACUCCAUAUUGCCACAUACUCAGUAGUGCUACCUUAUUUUGUUCUAAAAAGAGCCAUCUAUGUAUGUAUGUACUACAGUGUUUUUUCCCCACUCAACCUUUGGAUCGUUCUUGGAGCCACUUUCUGAAACACAGCUGAGAACUGUCUGGGCUGAUGUUGCUGCCAUUAUAUUCCUUGGCAGCCAUGGUGAAAACGUGGGUUUGGAUCUCAGUCCCAGUGUCUCUGAGUGGCUCAGACAAAAUACCUGGUUUCUUUCUUUUACUUUAUUCUCUUUUUUACAGAUUAUGGGUUUGAAUUGGGCAAAUGUAUAAAAAUAAACAGAACUGGGUUUAAUUCUUCCCUGAAGUCAAUUGAUGUUGCUGGGGAGAGUUCAGGUGUCUUCUUGAUGGCGUUUAAGUACAUGGCUUUAAGUGUAUUUUACCUGCACACACAAAUGCAUGAAUUACAGAAGCUACAAUAAAGCCUAUGCAUUCUGCUACUUCUAAAUUAGCCUGCAUAGUAUGUGUAUCUUUAAAGCCUUUAUGUCCAUUCCUGUGUGUUUUUUUGUAAGUACCUGUGUCCUGACAUUCUUCUGAUGACUUGUUCAUGUACUUCAGUGGUCUAUUUUAGUGGCCUUUUCUGUUUUUUUAGCAUAAUUUUAUUUUUAAAAAUCUAGUUUCUUGAAAUAUUUUUUCCUGAGUUUGUAAUUUUGAAAGAACGAUGGGGAAAAACACUCAUCCUGUGUUUUGGCAGAAAGAAUUUCUUGUCUGUAACACAUGAUUUUAUUACAUAUGGACUAUUUAAAGCUGGUUUGAAAAGAAAAUGUGGUCUAUAAUUUAUUUUAUUAACUCUUGUGCGUGUUGUUGUUGUUGACAAACUGUUCCCACCACUCUUACUGCAUCCACCUUUCUUCAUCACCAUCUUCUACAUCUAGGGGCUAGUAAAUAGAUACAAAGCAUUCUUUGUCCACCCUAGCCUCCCCCCUAAUUCUGCCCAUAAAAACCAACUAAUUCUGAAAAGGAGCUGCUUCAACUUUCAUCAUCCCACUUAUUAGUAAAGCUGUGAUGCCUAGCAAUAAAUUGAAAGUUUUAAUUUGUCCUUGGUUUCUGGAGAACUGUAAAUUGUCCCAUAUAGCCAGUUGUCCUACCUUCAGUUCAAUUCUCAGUGCAAUGAGAUUUUUCCAUGCAUUGUAUGUUCUUCUGAUGGAGAGGGGGUUAACUGAUUCUGCAACAUGCCUGUCAUCCUUCAUCUCAAGUAAUUACUUUUCCAAUGUACAUAAACAGCCAAGAUCUUAAAAAAAAAAAAUAAGAAGAAGAAAGAAGAAAUAGAAAGCAGCAAUAUUUCAGGGAAGAUUUUAUUGGCCAAGAAUGAGAAAUUAAAACCUAGGAAGUUAGUGAGCUGCAGUAGUAUGCGACUGAUCAGUGGAUGAAAGACUAGAGUCGGUACUGCCUUAAAAAUGGUGUAUUCCUCUAACAACAUUCGUUAUUUCAUAUUGUACUAUGAUACAGGCAACUGAGAAAUACAUGGAGUAUAGUUUUAUGAAUAACUGUGCCUGAGUGUUUCUACAGUACCUGUGCCAUAAUUAAAAUGACAGCUAUCAGAAUGGGCUGGAUGGUAGCAGAGCUGAGCACCUUUCCAGAAAUCUUUUGCCAGUUGCAAAUGGCAUUCAACAAAAAGCGCUUUUUAUAUCAGAUAGAGUUAAAAACCAGCUGAGGUUGGUAAUGGCAAGGGCAGGAGCUCAAGGUCAGUAAUGCAAAGGAGGAUGACUCCUGCAACAGUCUUGCGACUGUGGAGCAGCAUUGAAGAACUGCGCAUUUGCCUGUAUUCUCAGGAGGAAAGGCAGAGCUAGAACCUCAUCAUUGCUACAAGGUUUUUUGUAUCCAGCUUGUGCUGUUGUACUGCUGUAGCAGGGGAAGCUGGGGCUAGAUGAUAGGUUAUCAAAAAGCUUGCCAGCGGAGGCACUGGUUUAAAGUGCAUUCAUGGAAAUUCAUGCAAGAAAACAGGCCCUGGUUUACACAUUUCAAAAAUGUUUAAUGGGGAGACUCCUCAGGGGAGGGAUAGCUAAAUAGGACCUGCAUCUCCUUCCAUGUUGAAAUCCAGAAUGGACAAUCAGCCUGAGGGCUUAAUGACAGCCACAGAAACUGGUGGCAGUGCUAAGGUGCUGGGAAGAUAGAUAAACAAUGAAGACAAACUUUCAGGUUCUUCUAUCUGAGAAAGAAGUCACCCAUGAGCUUCAGGGCUGCUGACCUGUCCAAGGCCUUCUCUCCCCAGCCAUGAGCUGAGUGGGGUGCAGGAGGUGGAGGUGCCCAGGCUGCCAGGGUGGGUGGUUUGGAAGAGGUAAGUGCUCCCUCAUGCAGUUCCUUGCACAUGAACUAGGAGUAUGCUUCCAAGAGGAAUCAUUGUUUUCAGACCCCACUGCAGCCUCCUCACCAGAGGUAUUUUGAACUGGGCAGAAGGGUGGUCUGAGAAGAGCUCAAAAGUUUGUGUUUCAAAUCUUGCUGCCAUCAGAGCUGAACAAGGUGGGAUGGGGAAGACAAAGGAAGAAAAUGUCUUCCAAUGACUCAAGAUCAUCAGUAGCUGAAAUGCCCAGUUGUAUGCCUGACUAAGCAUUGCUUGUGAGCUACUAACUCCCUAGGUAUAAGGACUGCUGUAUUUCAUACCACACAUUUGACAGCAGGUUAAUCUUUACUGAAAACCACUGUAUUGCCUAUCAAAACCAUCAGGUUCCCUUGAUUUGGCCUUUGAUGUUGGGAGCAAAUAGUCUGUGUACUGAAACAUUCAAUAAGUCUUGAAAAAUGUGAAGGACAUCAUAUGCUGAAAGUGGUAAAGAAUGACUGAAUUAAUCUGCCACCUUUAGAAAAUAACCAGUCCCAUCAAGCUUAUUUAAACAUUGGAAUUUAGUAAAAUAAAUGUUUGUUUAAUAUCAGAAAUCAAUAUUAUCUUGGGCUGAUAUCCUGUUGCCUUUGCCACAUGGACAGCCAGCUGAAUGUUAGUUUAUAGCAUCUGACCUUCUCUUUGGGUUAAAAUAUUGAUAUUUUCUUCACUGCCCCUUUUCAAAGGAAUAAAUAGUGAUCAGGAAAAGUAGAACUGAAAUGUUCUUGCAUUUUAAAUGGAAGAAGUUCUUUCAAUUGCAAAGUGAGCUCUUCUGUCCAGGCCCAAGAUCUGAUAGAGGCAAGUACAUGUGAAAAGUGUAUCUUUACUUGGCAGGAGCCAUCAGCUCAAAGAAGAGAGACAAACCCAUGUUAAAUGGAAUGGAAAGGAUUGACAGCUUGUCAGCCUUUUGAAUGCUUUCCAUAAAGCUGUCCUUUUGGAGGACACUGGUAUUUUCUUCACUGAGGAUCAAACAAUACCCUAAUUUCUCUCAACUGGCAAUAAGCUAUGAUGCUGCACUCCUAAUUUACUGGAGUGAGAUUUAACUGCAAGUGGAGUCUACAAAGUUUAAACCUCUAGUCUUCUGCAUUAUCGCAAUGUUGUAUCAAGCUGAAGAUUUCAUGAGAUGAUGACUAUAUCACUGAAUUCACUAGAAAAGUUGGGGAAUUGUGAUUUAAUUCUUAUUCGAGCUUGCAUGAAAAUGUUCACUGCACCUCCCCCCGGGAACUAAAUGAAAGCUGUUUACCAUCAACUCUAUUUUUAAAGAAAAAAAUGUUUCAAACAAAGAAAAAGGGAAAUUCUGAUAUCUAUAGCAAAGCCCAAAACCACAAUACUACCUCCCACCCAUGCUGAAAAAUAUGUUUGCAAUAUGGCUUGCAGAGCUGCACAGCAGGGAGAGGGUGAAGGGAACAUAAGUCACAAUUGACCAACACAUGGCUGAGAUUAGAAAUAAAAAUGAGAUUCCCCAGCCAAGAGAAACCUCAAUAACAUACAGAUUAUAAAAUGAAGGAGGAACUUUCCACCCUCGGCAGCAGUAAUCUCAGCCUUCUUUCAGGCUCUGGACCAUCACAAAAAAUAAUCAGAACCAUUCUAAAAGCCAUUCCUAACCUGGAAAGAAAACAAGGAGAUAUGUGCGCUAGACAGUACAUCAGUCUGCUUGUGUCUUUGUCCUUAUACAAUGCAGAUAAUUCUCCACACUGGCUUUCAAGUUACAGUGGCCUAUCUCCAAAAUUAAUAUUAUGUCAUUGCCAUGGUUUUCUGCUCAAACUGGCCCAAGGGCUGAUUUAAAAGGAUAAAGAGAGGAAAUGGGGUAAGCAAUUACAAUAGUAUUUUCAUGAUAUCAGAAAAUGAAUGUGUUUUAAGAAUAUUUUUGUAAUUUUUUCUGCACAAUGCAAGUACUGUGUUUCUGGGCCUAUGUGUAAACUAGAGGGGCACUGUCAAGAGGAGACAUUCUCCAAAUAAAGGUUUUGCAUGGAUAUGC